CGCCAAGCCCUGUGGAUACCCGAUGUCUUAAUUUCUUUCAAUGAGCGCCAAGGAUGUGAAAUUUUGUGAAAUAUCUUGCAAUGCCUCUAAAAUAGACGAAUCUGAGUGUUAUGUCAAAUUUCGGUGGACUUAUGUGCUUUUUGUGGGUAGCGUAUAUACUGCCAACUGAAUAAGUGGAGUGACAAGAUCUAUCUGGGGAAGAAUAAUGAUCGAAUAUUACAUACACGAUUUUUUUCCUAUUAGAGGAUGAUGACACCAGAGUUUACGUUGCGGAUAUAGCUCAUACGUAUUAGUAAGAACUUUUGCGGUGAACCAGGUGUCACUACGAUAUAACGCAACGAAUGUCACUAGAAAUCAAAGCUUUUCCGUUGGUAAAUAGAACCGUGCUGUGGCCUUAAUUAAACUGGAUCAGCGUCCCAUCAUGAUGGACUUCUGUCUGCGUCCGAGACUCCAAAGCGACGAAGAGAGCGAGGAGUCCCUUCCACCAUCGGCCUCUCUCCUCUCAUCUCCUGGGGACUCCGACGUCUUCCUGAAGGAGUCCGCCUUCGGAAGCUUCAACUCCAGCGCUUCCAGCCUCAUAUGGCCCCAACUCUCCCCGCGGCGCCUGAGGAUUCGCUCCUCCUCGUCAAGCAGGUCGUCCCAAGUGAGUUCGAGCAGCGAAUCGGACAAGCCGUCGCGCCAAGGAUCUGUCAAAAGGAUCGUACGCUCUCUCUCGGCCAUCCUACGACACAGCAGCGAUGGAGACGACCUCGAGCUUAUGCUGCAGCCCACCGCGUCGCUCCUCCACGAGCUGGGCGAGGCGCUGCUCCACGUGUACCGGUCCAACACCUUCCCGACGGAGGGUCUCAGCGCAUUCCAUCAGAAGCUUACGGUCCUAGUGAUGAGCGGCGGAGGAGCUAGCCUGACGGGGACGUGGCGCCAUCAGGUGGUACCGACGGGGACGCGGCUGGUGGCGGUGCGAGUGGCCAGCCCGAGGGAUGGGGACCGCGUGGCGGCGCUGCUGACGGCGUGGUCCUGCCUCUACGCCACGACGCUGCCCCUGCUGCAGGCUCUCCUCGCUCCUUUUACUAGUCUAGACGUGAGGCGUGAUGUGCUGCAGGCCUUCAGAGACUCUGUUCUUCCGUACGCUGCGCUGCCCUCCGCCCUGGUCUCGGUUCACUCGAUCUCGCCCUCGACGCGAUGGAGACUCAAGCAAAUGCUCUUGCUCCUGGCUCGUCUAGAGCCGUGUGAAUGUCGUCUGCCGAUCGAGUCCCAAAGUUACGAAGGAGGGACAAGGGAGACACAAGCAAGCAGCCGAGAAAGAGGAAACAUAGGAGACGGAGAAGAAGAAGAAAUGCGAGGAGAAGAAAGCUCUUCAGUAACGAGGCUAAGUCAUACAACCGAUGCGCUGGGGUUGCUGUUGCAAGCAGAAAUGGAGAGCAUGAAUCUCACUCGACCCGUGUUGCAAAGGCUCCUGCACUUACACCACGGCGGCGAGAAUGAUUUCUGGGCCUCGCAUGACCUCCAGCAACGCCCUUCCUCAGGAGUGCGUCUGGAAGUUCCCUCUUUGCCGCGGCCACUGCUGGUGAGGAACCUUUCGAGUGUGGACACGCUUGAGGACCUCCUUCGCUCUGCCGCCUUGCGCUGACUCUGGAGGAGGAGGAGGAAGAGGAAGAGGAAUAGGAAGAGGAAGAGGAAGAGGAAGAGGAAGAGG